AGAAAAGACUGAUCUCCGAGUGAGUUUCCAGUAGUGUGCGUGGUGAACGGUAGAUGCACGGAUUGAAAAUAAAGAUUUUCAAAAUGUCUACGGCGUUGGUAUCAUUUUGUGAUUUGGAGGAGACGUUUUAUAAGAACAACGACCUGGCGCACAGAAGGCCAAUCCCGCUGGACAGGAGGCCCCUCAUCUCUCCACCCCUUAAUGUAGCCAGUGCUAGACGUAACUCUGCUAGUGCCUUAUCGAGUAUAAUUUCGCCAACAGCCAAACCAGUGGUCAUGAGCCAGAAGUCCACUAGUAACGGAAUACACGUACAUACCCACUCGACAAUCGAUGUUAUGGACAAUUCUAUUUGCUAUGCAACUAAAGAACAUCGAAAACUGGACCGCAGUCUUAGCGAACCUGUCGCCCAACCCAAGCUGAACCAAGUCAAUUCCAGUCGAUAUAAAACGGAACUUUGUCGGCCAUUUGAAGAAAAUGGAACUUGCAAGUACGGAGAUAAGUGCCAAUUUGCUCAUGGUUUUCAAGAACUGCGUACCUUAGCUCGACACCCAAAGUAUAAAACUGAGCUUUGUCGCACGUUCCACACCACGGGACUUUGUCCGUAUGGACCAAGGUGCCAUUUCAUCCAUAACAGCGAAGAGUCGAGAAAACACAUGUUCAACAAUCUGCAGGUGGGUCUACAUCCUUUUCAACGAUCUGAAGGGUCAUCGGGAACGUCUGAAGCAGGUCUUGUCGCAAACCGGCCCAAGACUCUUUCCCUGGGCAGCUUCAGCUUGGGCUCUGCUGGAGAGAUAUCACCCCCGUCCAGUCUAAGUGCCAGCCCCACAUCACUGAACAGCUUUUUUCCUGAAGAUACUUUAGGAAACUUUUCCCCUGCUCCUCACACUGCAGGAGCAAUACUUACUGCUACAGCUUUUUCUUUCUCUCAGGAUUUCACCUCUUUGAUGUCUCCUGUGAAACAAGAAACCACUUUGUCUACAUUUGGCGGUUCCCAGCCAAGCCUCCAUCCUGUCGCUGCUUACACUGUUAAUGGUUUGGGUGAUAGUAUAGUAGAUAAUACUGUAUUCUAUGAAGCUUUGAAUUCGCCUGGCCAUGCCCCACCGUCGCCUGUAGAUUCUUUGAGUUCAGAGUUGGACAGCUUCAGCUUGGGCGGUAGCCCCAGGGGAGCCACGUGCAGCUCUCCGUUGGAUGUAAGUCGCAACCUUCCUCGGUUGCCUAUUUUCAGCAAGCUGUCGAUCUUGGACUAAGAUUAAAAGACCGUUUACAUGUGUGAAUAAGACUAACAUUACUGCUCAAUUCCACUUAUUAUUGGGACCAACCUGAUAAACAUUUAACUGUAAUUUUCUAUAAUUUUCCUAAGCUACAUGUAUCAUAUUGAAUAACCAAGUUUUAAUUUAAAGUUAUCUCAAACACGAGUCAAAAGUGUAAACAUAGCUACUUUGUUAUGGAGUUAGAUGUUUGUAUUUUACGAAGAAUCUAAUCAGACAAAGGAUUUAUUUAUUUGUAACGCAUUUGUAAA